AAUUAAGGCAUGAUAUAAAUACGUGUCAUUAUACUUGUAAGGUGGUUCGGUGCUGGUCUCGGCUCCUGUAAUGACAGUCUAGCGAACAGUUAAACAUCUGUUCCAUUAUGUCUGAGGACGAUUUCUCCAACGUGUGCUCUAAAAUAGAUGGAGAAAAAGAAUUUUUAAAUGCCAUCAGUCAGAAAAUAUGGAAUAAUCCUGAACUUGCUUAUAAAGAGGAACAAGCUCACGAAACCUUAACUAGUGCCUUGUCUCGAUAUGGAUUCGAAGUACAAAAGAAUUAUUUGCUACCAACUGCCUUCAGAGCGGAAUUUUCUUCUAAAGCAGUGGGUGGUCCUGUGGUGGCAAUUCUACUUGAGUACGAUGCUUUACCGAACAUUGGCCACGCUUGUGGUCAUAACCUCAUUUCUGAAGCGGGGUUGGCAGCUAGUCUUGGUGUCAAAGCAGCCAUGGAAGCAGAUCCAAAAUUGGUUGGAACGCUAGUUGUCCUGGGCACUCCGGCGGAAGAAGGCGGCGGGGGCAAAAUAGAUCUUCUGAACAUGGGAGCUUUCAAAGGGAUAGAUGCGGCCAUGAUGGUACAUCCCAGCAAGUUCACUUCCACCUUUCCACCCGUUCUCAGUGUGCUGCAGAUUAAUGUGGACUUCAAAGGAAAAGAGGCACACGCCGCUGCAUUUCCCUGGGAAGGUCGUAAUGCAUUGGAUGCCGCUGUCGCUGCUUAUCAGAACAUAGGCCUCCUUAGGCAACAUAUUAAGCCCUCUAGUAGGAUUCAUGCUAUCAUUACAAAAGGAGGAGUGAUCCCAAAUAUUAUUCCAGCCGAUUCUCGGUUGGAAGUGUACGUGAGAGCCGCUUCACAAUCGGAUCUAAAUGAACUCACUGACUGCAUCACGAACUGCAUCAAGAGUGGGGCCACCGCCGCCAGAUGCACGGAUGCCAUCGAAUACAAGCACAAGUACUGUUACCUGAAUCUCAUCACCAAUAAAAUUCUGGGCGAUACGUACGAUUAUUAUGCUCAUAAGCUAGGUAUCAUCCCGACUUAUUUUCCUUCAGAAUCUAUGAUUCCUGCUGGAUCUACGGACAUGGGAAAUGUAUCUCACGUCAUACCCUCCAUCCACCCUUUCUACGAUAUUGGCACUGAAUCGAUAAAUCACACAAAAGAGUUCACCGUAGCAUCCAGUGAUCCAAAGUCCCAAGGUCCUACUCUGAAGGUGGCGAAGGCCUUGGCCAUGACGGCCCUCAAGCUGAUGAGGUGUCCUGAGACUUUGCAGAAGAUUAAGAAACAAUUUGAAGAGGAUAUUGCUCAAGGUCUCUAAAACUAUCCCAGAAAAAAUAAUUAAUUACCGAAACAACAUAUGUUAAUUGGUACAAACCUUUGUCGAAAUUAAAAACAGUGUCUUUUGCUUAAUAUUUUUUUCUGUUGGUUGUGAUGGUUUCGGAAUUUUUGUUUCAAACUGAGUGUUCAAAUGCUUUAUUUUCCUGUUUUACGAUGGAUCUUUCAGAUAUAACUGUGAAUGGUACCUAGAAAAUGAAGUUUGAUGCUUUAUUUAUUUUUAUACAAACACAAAUAUUGUUCAUGGGCUAAAUCGUCUUCUUAUUUAAUGUUUAUAGGCUGUCAUAAUAUUUGUAAAUUGUGUUAUGGAACUUUCUUGAUAAAACAUUCGCACACAAUGCU